AUGUGGAAACCCAAUGAAUCUCCGGAUGUUCUAGAUAUUGGCCUGAUUAUUUCUUGGUCAAUUUGGAGAGUUGAUGCAACUGGGCUAACUGGUGCAGAAAGUGAAGCUUGUUCUUGGUUAUGCUCUGUUGUGUAUGGUAGCACUAGAGCUACAAAUCGAGAGCUGUUAUGGGAUAAUCUAACGGAAAUGAGGGAGUCUUCUUAUCUUUCGUGGUUCUUAGUUGGAGACUUCGGUGAUAAGAGAAGAGGGGAGGUUCCUUUUUGUCAGCCUCGUGCUGCUAAAUUCAACGAUGAUAUGAAUGCUUGUGGAUUUGCUGGAUCAUGGCUGUAA